AUGGGGAUGGCAGCGUCCAUACCAUCUUCUUUUACAACCGCACGAGCAUCAGCACCAAAUACAGCACCCUCAGCAGCAGCAUCAGCAGCAACGUCAUCAGCAACAACAGAAACAGCACCAACAGCAACAACAGUAACAGCAACAACAUCAAGAACAGUAACAGCAACAACACCAAGAACACCGUCAUCAGCAACGGCAACAGCAGCAGCACCAGCAUCACGGGGAUCAUCGUCAGCGUCAGCAUCGCUGUCGUCAUCAUUCAGUACACAUCGGCGAUCAAGCCACCGCCAGCAACAGAGACAGCAGCAGCCGGCAGCAGCAGGAACACGCGCCCCAGAGGCAGAGACGCUUGUCAUUCUGGACGACGAUGAUGACGACAACAAUGAUGAUGGUAAUGGUAGCAGCGGUUUUGGUCUUGGUGGCGGCGCUGCUUUUGAUGACAGCUGGUAUGAUGAUGGCCACGGUGGUUCUGGUCUUCGGCCGAUGCUGUAUGGUGGUGCAUUUGAUGCUGGCGAGGAUGGUGAUGGCGACGGUCGCGGUGUGGCGGUGCCAAUGGAUGUGAAGCAGGAACGUGAUGAUGACUGGACCACAGCGGAACAGCAUCGUCGCAACGACAACAGCAGAGCUCAGCCACCUAAACACACCUCUGCUGCCAAACAUAAUACCUUACCCCAUACGCCAACCGGCACAGCAACAGCAGCGAGUGCUGCGCGGGAGUCGAUUGGAGCGGCGAUGGCGCAAAGGGCAACGAGGGACUACACAAUGGCGCCGGACACGUACGAGGUCGUGCUGCUCAUUGACAACCGCGAGAACCAAGUCCGCAAGAAGGAUCGUGGCGCCAUCAUGCACAGCUCUCUCGCGGAGCAAGGCAUCCAAUGCGAAGUCAGGCAGCUCCCACUUGGCGACUACUCGUGGAUCCUCAAGGAAAAGCCCGAGCAUGCGGCAAUGCAUGGCAGGCGCCAACGCGAAGUCUGCCUCUCAUUCCUGAAAGUGUCGCAUCCCCAGCUUCUUUGUGGAGGAGGGUCAUGCUGCACGUGCCAGGCAUCGACGAAGCAAAGGCUCAAGCAGGCCACCUUCAACAUCCAGGUGGAGGGCGGGUUCUUUGUGAAGACGGUGCCGAACAUUCGCGAGGUGGAGGCGUACCUCGUCCUCUGCACGCGCAUGAUCAAGCAGCUCGUUCAGGGGUGCAGCGUUGAAGCCUGGACGCCAACAGAGCGCAUGUGCUGCCAUCUCAGAGGAUUUGCUGGGUGGGGACAGCCGAAGGACGGGCACGUGCACAGCUUCGACUUUCAAACGUUCCAAGAAAUCUCUCGCCGCGCUGCUACUGGCACGAUCCGCGAAGUGUUUGCGCAUCAGCUGCUGCACAUGAACGGACUAACGCUGAAGCAUGCGCAGAUGAUCACCCAGGCCUACCCGACACCUGCCCUGUUUACGAAUGCGCUGCGGGAGGCACACGCGGCCACGAUGCACAUGAGCAGUUUGGAGGACCGGAAACCAAACUCGUCAAGUGCGCGCGGUGGCGACAACAGCACCGUAUUCAGCCCAUCAUCAGCGUCAGCAACAGCAGCACCAGCAACAACAACAGCAGCAGCAACAACACCAACAGCAGCAUCGCCAUCGACUUUGGCAUCAGGUCUCAAGCGGCGGAGCAGCAGUGCAAAGACAAAGACGGCACUGGACGCGUUUUGGGACAGCCUGUCGACGAGCGAGGGGAAAAUCGGACUAGCUGUCCGUGCCAAGCUGCAAGCCUACUACCUGCCCAGGUCGUGA